CUUCAGGGGGGUCAGUGACGUCAAUCCGGAAUCAGGAAGGACAAAGUCAAUUAGCUGCUUUUGGUAAAUGCGUGAUAAAGGUGUCGUUGUAUCCUGGAUGUUCAGCAUCAACACUUUAUUCAGCUUCUGUUACAACAUCUCGAUGGUCACAGAUCUGCAGAUCUGCAGCUUCUCUCUCUCGAAAUGUCGUCUGGCUGGAUCUUCUUUGUAGCUGCAACAGUAACAAUCUUUCUGCUGGAUGCUGCUGAUUUAGCACAGGCUAAGAACUUUGAGGAUGUUCGCUGCAAGUGCAUCUGCCCACCAUACAGAAAUAACACUGGCCACAUCUAUAAUAAGAAUGUCACCCAGAAAGAUUGUAAUUGCCUCCAUGUAGUGGAGCCCAUGCCAGUUCCUGGCCAUGACGUAGAGGCUUACUGUCUGUUGUGUGAGUGCAAGUAUGAGGAGCGAAGCAGCAACACCAUCAAGAUAACGAUCAUCAUUUACCUGUCCGUCGUGGGCGCACUGCUGCUCUACAUGCUGUUCCUGCUGCUCGUUGAUCCUCUCAUCCGCAAACAUGACCUCUACACUCAGCCUCUGCACAAUGAGGAAGAUGCUGAGGAGAUGCGUCCACCGGCAGACGCCGGGCAGCCCAGAGGAAGUACAGUGCUGGAGCGGGUCGAGGGUGCACAGCAGCGCUGGAAAAAACAGGUCCAAGAGCAGCGCAAGACUGUUUUUGACCGGCACAAGAUGCUAAGCUAAAUGUUGAUGGUUGAACAUGAACCAGGUUUAGUGUAGGUUACCACCCUGGACUCAGUGCAUUUCACUGUCACCAACUGCACUUCUAUCAACCUGUCACUGCUACACACUGCAACCACAGGAUUACUAGUUUAUCAUCAAGAAACAUUUACAAACACUGAUUUAACAAGCUGAAAACUUCAUUUUCAAACUAAUUUUGUUCGAUGUGACAUAAGUUAAAAUGGAGUUGUGUUUAAAAAAAGAAAAGCAUGCUUUGCACACUCUUAAUGAGUAAGAAUACUCUCAAUCAUGUUCAGCAGUUUGCAAUGCAGCAGCAGCCUUGGAAUUUUUCUUGGACCAUUUCUUGGUGGUUGUCAAUCACUUUUUGUUUUGUUUUUUAAUAUUUGUAUAUAUUGAUAAGUUUUUCUUGUGCUUUUUAAAGUCAUAAAUUUACCUGACAGAGGGUAUGCUGGCAUGACGAUGCUGGGUUAAUUUAAACUUCAUUGUUCAUGAAGUUAUAAUUUGAUAAUUUAGUAUUUUUCUAUUGAUUGCCAUCUAAUUUGGGGCAUUUUCAGUGAUGUUUGCACUAUUGAUUGUUUAUUUUGGGCUUUGCCUUUAAUGCUAAUUUCAUUCUCAACCUGGGCCUUUUUCCUACUCUCCAUGUAGGAAAAUGUGUUUCAAUAAAUCCAAGGUAGGAGUUUCCUUAAUAUUGCCAAGAAAUAGCUUUCAAAAUGUGACAGAUGGGACAUCUGCCAGGAAAUAUGGGUAGAUGUCAUCUUUGAAAGUAUGUAUGAAAUCAUAUUUCAUAAAUAAACCAUUUGCUUUGAAAAUUA